AGGAUGUGGUGCCACAGAUUGUUUCAUUUACAAAGCAGACUCCAGAACGUGCUGAAGGGACAAGUCAUAUGUUGGGCCCUUCAACAAUUCAACUCCAAAAGUUUAUUUCCAUUAGCCAUCCGUUGGCACCACACAACCUCCAAGUCUUUAAACUGUGCUUGGCAACAACAUGAAGAUCAUUUUGAACUACAAUACGCUAACACUGUUAUGCGUUUUGACUAUGUCUGGCUUCGAGACCACUGUCAUUCAGCAUCUUGCUACAACUCUCAGACUCACCAGCGCAGCCUGGACACUGCCAGUGUAGAUUUAUGUAUCAAGCCAAAGACCAUUCAUCUGGAUGAAACCACACUCUUUUUUACAUGGCCGGAUGGUCACGUGACUAGAUAUGAUUUGGAAUGGCUGUUGAAAAACAGCUAUGAAGGACAGAAACAAAAGAUCAUCCAGCCUAGAAUCUUAUGGAAUGCAGAAAUCUACCAGCAAGCCCAAAUUUCACCUAUCAAUUUCCAAAGCUUUUUAGAAACCAAUGAGGGACUGAAGGAAUUUCUGAAAAACUUUCUGCUCUAUGGAAUUGCAUUUGUAGACAAUGUCCCUCCUACUCAAGAGCACACAGAGAAGUUGGCAGGAAGGAUCAGCUUGAUCAGAGAAACCAUCUAUGGAAGAAUGUGGUGUUUCACUUCCGACUUCUCCAGGGGUGACACGGCAUACACCAAAUUAGCUCUGGAUCGGCACACUGAUACUACCUACUUUCAAGAGCCCUGUGGUGUUCAAGUGUUUCACUGUCUUAAGCAUGAAGGAACAGGUGGAAGAACAUUACUAGUAGAUGGAUUCUAUGCAGCAGAACAGGUACUUCAAAAGUCUCCUGAGGAAUUUGAACUCCUCAGCCAAGUGCCAUUGCAGCAUGAAUAUAUUGAGAAUGUUGGCAAACGUCACAACCAUAUGAUUGGGGCUGGGCCACUCUUAAAUAUCUACCCAUGGAAUAAAGAGCUAUAUUUGAUCAGAUACAACAACUAUGACCGGGCUGUCAUCAAUACUGUCCCUUAUGAUGUUGUCCAUCGUUGGUAUGCAGCACACCGGACUCUAACAAAAGAGUUGAGGAGACCAGAGAAUGAGUUUUGGGUCAAACUAAAGCCUGGAAGGGUGCUAUUUAUAGACAACUGGCGUGUCCUACAUGGCAGGGAAUCCUUCACUGGGUACCGCCAACUCUGUGGCUGCUACUUAACAAGAGAUGACAUGUUAAAUACUGCUCGUCUCUUGGGACUUCAGGCUUAAAAUUGGCAGCAUUGGAAUUAUGAGCACACCUGACUCGACCAGAAUUUCAUCUGGUGUCCUAAAGCUACUUCUUCUUAUCCCAUCCCACAAAACAGAUUUUGCACUUUCUCU